AUGUCGGCGGUGAUCGACGAAGACUACGAUGACUCUCCGGCCAGCACGGACCCAAGGAUGAUCCUGCAAGUGCGACUGCGCUGCGCAGAAGGUUCCGUCCGGUGGUCCUACCCGGGCCGAGCUCUCCGUGUGAUCUUGGAGCCCAACUUGUGGUCCUCCUCCUCGGCGCGUGACACCCUCUGCAUCAAAGCGGCCCCGACCUUCGGCGGGGCCACCCUGUUCGUCCGUCGCAGCGGAAAGCUGGAGCCGCUUCUGGCGGACGGCGAGGGAGAGGAAGGCGCCAGCUGCUUCCGGACGGACGGACCGCGCGUGCCUCCCAUCUACAUUCAGACGGGCCCGAGUCCAAGUCUGAUGGGCUUCAGGUAUGAAUUGACGGCCGACGGGAUAGCUGCGAUGAGCUCGGAUCGCGCCGCUUCAUGUCGCCCGUGCAACGACACGGAGCUUCUGAUGGCAGUCUGUACCAGCGACUUUGUGGUCCGAGGCUUCAUCGAGGGUGUCCGUCACCGUCCGGAUCUUCAAAUCUCACUGGUGGACGUGUCGGCGACGAAGGUCUGGCGGCAGCGUGGCGGCCUCUUUGAGCGGGAGGCUCCUCGAUCGCCGCGGUGGCGCGGCGUCAUCCGCGCUCACCUACGGUGCGGCGUGAAGCCCGGUGAAGGCCAGUUUCUUUUUACUGGCUGGGAACACUUCUGGGAAGCGUGGUUGGGCUGCGCCCCGCAUUAUAAAGACUUCCUGGAUGUCUACCGGAACGCUAAAGUGGGACUUCGGAAUCCCUGUGUUUUCCGUUUGGAUGAAUAG